AUGGCCGUCCACAGCAAGAUGCCCGUGCGCCGUACGGCGGCUGCGGUGGCGCUCACCGGGAUGAGCGCGAUGAGCUAUGGCAGCUAUGGUUUUGUCGCGCCACAGGCCACGAUGCCCAGCUCAAUGACACGCACCUCCAGCGCCUCCAGCACUGCGCCAGCUCGCAGCGCGGCAUCUUCAGCACGCGCGGUACCCAGCGCAGCGCCGGUUGCGGUGGCAGGUCUCGGUCUGCUGAGCCUGGCAGGGGCAUCUGCGAGCCGGAGCAAGAAGUCCAAGAAAUCCGUGGUAUCCUUGCGCGCACGAGGGGGUGAGGAAGACACCCGAGUUUGCAUUCCUUUGGAGGAGACAGAGAGUUGGUACCCGCUUUGCAAGUGCAGGUUGAUGAGAGUCGGUUGGUUCAAUCUCCCAGCUGCGCAGCAUCAGAAGCCGCGACUCAGAGUCGGUGAGGCUUCCAGCACGAGUGAGUUUCCAAACGUCCACGAAAACCACCUGCCUUCGCAGUCGCACUGGCUUCUGCAUCCGACCCAAAAGGUCCUGGCAUGGGGAGAGUCGGCCCGUCAGGAGCUCCGGAACACGGAUGUGGAGAAAGUCGGUGGCAAGAGCGCUUCCCUGGGUGAGAUGAUCUCGCAACUCUCGGACGUGGGCGUGCCAGUGCCAGGUGGCUUUAGCACCACUGCCUUUGCGUACAAGGAGUUUCUGGACAAAGGUGGCAUCAAUGAGUUCAUCAACGACAAGCUUUCUGAUGAGUCCAUCUAUGAAGAUGUUGACAAACUCAUGAAGGUCGGCAAAGAGAUUCGUGACAAGAUCAUGGACACUCCUUUCCAAGAAGACUUCGAAGAGGAGCUCAAAGCGCAGUGGCAGCGCGUCUCCGGCGGCGACGAGAAGUUCACCUUCGCCGUGCGCUCCUCGGCCACCGCGGAGGACCUGCCGGACGCCUCCUUCGCCGGGCAGCAGGAGACCUUCCUGAACGUCAUGGGCUAUAAGGACAUGAAAGAGAAGGUGCAUUUGGUCUUCGCCUCCCUCUUCACCGACCGCGCCAUCUCCUACCGUCAUGACAGAGGUUUCGAGCACGAGAAGGUUCAGCUCUGCGCGACCUGCCAAAAGAUGGUGCGCAGCGAGACCGGCUCGGCUGGAGUGAUGUUCUCCUUAGACACGGAGAGCGGCUUCAAAGAUGUGGUCUUCGUGACUUCUGCCUAUGGCUUGGGCGAGACCGUGGUGGGUGGCACGGUGAAUCCGGAUGAAUGGUAUGUCUUCAAGCCCACCUUGGCAGAAGGAAAGAACUCGAUUAUCUCUCGCACGAUGGGCUCCAAGUUGUGCAAGAUGAUCUACAAGGCGGAACUGCACUAUGCUGGCGGUGGAUCGGAAACGGUGGACACCAGCGAUGAGGAGCAGAAUAGCUGGUCUGCCUCCGAUGAAGAGGUGAAGGCUCUUGCAGAGAUGGCUGUGAAGAUCGAGAAGCACUAUGGACGACCCAUGGACAUUGAGUGGGCUCGCGAUGGUGAUGAUGGGAAGCUCUACAUUGUCCAGGCCCGCCCAGAGACGGUGGCUUCGCAGAAGAAGGUGGGCGUCAUCGAAGAGUACAAGAUGUUGGAGAAAGGUGGAGAGAAGAUCGCGGAAGGUCGUGCCGUUGGCAAGCGCAUUGGCAGCGGCGAGGUGAACAUCCUGACCAGCAUCGAUCAGAUGAGCGAAUUCUCCGAGGGCGAAGUGCUGGUGGCCGACAUGACGGACCCCGACUGGGAGCCCAUCAUGAAGAAGGCCGGUGCGAUCAUCACCAACCGCGGCGGCCGCACCUGCCAUGCCGCCAUCAUCGCGCGCGAGCUGGGCAUCCCGGCCAUCGUGGGCUGUGGCGAUGCUACGGACCGCGUCAGCAAAGGUGACAAGGUCACCGUCUCCUGCGCAGAGGGCGACACUGGCUACAUCUACAAAGGUGAGCUGAAGUUCGAGAAGAAGGUCCAAGACCUUGGAGAGCUUCCAGAGGUUGGCCUCAAGAUCAUGAUGAACGUGGGCAACCCGGAGACCGCCUUCGCCUUCGGCCAGUUGCCCAACGAGGGCAUUGGCCUGGCACGCCUGGAGUUCGUCAUCAACAAUGCCAUUGGCGUGCAUCCAAAGGCACUCCUGAACUACGAUACCUUGGAUGGGGAGACCAAGGAACUCGUUGAUGAGCGGAUGAAGGGCUAUGACGGACCAAAGGACUGGAGGGAGCUCCGAGAUUUCUACGUGAAGAAGAUCGCCGAGGGCGUCGCCACCUUGGCCGCCUCUGUGUAUCCCAAGAGGAUCAUCGUGCGACUCUCUGACUUCAAAUCCAAUGAGUACAAGAGUCUCAUCGGCGGUGAGCAGUACGAGCCUGAUGAGGAGAACCCCAUGAUCGGCUUCCGCGGUUGUGGCCGUUACACGGACCCCUUCUUCGAGGAGUGCUUCGCCAUGGAGUUGGAGGCCGUGAAGAUGGUGCGAGGAGAGAUGGGUCUGAAGAAUGUCGAGAUUAUGAUCCCCUUUGUGCGAACCUUGGACAUGGCCAAAGACGUGAACGAAGUCUUGGAGAAGAAUGGCUUGAAACGAGGUGAGGACGGCUUGAAGGUGAAUAUGAUGGCUGAACUGCCAAGCAAUGUCUUCUUGGCCGAAGAGUUUCUGGAGUACUUUGACGGCUUCUCCAUUGGCAGCAAUGAUCUCACUCAGCUCACCUUGGGCUUGGACCGUGACUCAGGCCUAGUGGCCCAAUACUUCGAUGAGCGAAACCCUGCGGUGAUGAAGGGUUUGGAGACCUUGAUCAAGGCAGCCAAGAAGAAGGGCAAGUACGUGGGCAUUUGCGGACAGGGACCCUCAGACCAUCCGGACCUGGCAAAGUGGCUCAUGGAGCAGGGCAUCGACUCAGUGUCCCUGAACCCUGACUCCGCCUCUUGGACCGUCCUACGGCAUCGGCGCGGUGCACAACACGCGCAGGCGAAUCGAGUUGGAGGUUUUGGUCUUUGGCUUCUUCACUCUACCCUCCAACCAACCUCACAAAAUAGGGCUUUUGUGGCUAUAUGUAGGAUAUCCGAUAUCCAACUAAGAGAAGGUCACCCCUCCACUCCGCUCAGACUCGUCUGUUUGGGUCGACCGGCGACCGGCCGAGCGGCUGAGCGCACCGCGCUAGGCGCUAGGUGCUCUCCCGCGCUGCGACUCAGGUCAUCCCAACUUGGCAGUUCUUGGCAAAGAAGUGAGAAACAUCUUGGGCCUUUGAAAGCAACGGAUGGGGAAACAGUUCAAAAGACCACCAACAGAGACCUUCAGAAUUUCAACAUAUUUGAGGUAUUUUCUGUAGCCUUUGUGAAGUUAUUUCUUGAUAUUCGCGUCUCCAAGGUCUUUUGGGCUUUCGUUUAAAACUUAAGUUGCUAGGGCCAAACAUGCCGGACUACACGUUGACGCAGUUGUGUUUCAAGAGUGUUCCUAAGUAUCAAGGAACGAUAUCGCUUUCAAAGUGUACACUAUAUAUUCCAUCGCCGCUUGAACAUGCCAUGGGGCUUGUCUAGUGGUGGUGACGGGAGGCCCUGCCUUCCCCGAAUUUUCGCUCGGCGCUGCCGCCAUUUUCACCAAAUCGCUUCCUCGCACCAUUUGAGACGAGACCGGCACCUGCUAUUGGCGUUGUCCAAGAUACGUAGGAUCGGACAAAAGAAAAGUCGC